AUGGAAUCCCGCUCACUGUCAGCACAGCAAAUCGUAGACGAGUUCAGGCGCUCGGGUAAGUUUGACAAGCUUAGGAAGGAUGCUAUGGAUGCUUUCAUCAACAGUGAAACCAACUCAGUUCUGAUGGAUGAAGUGGACACUAUUGCACUGGAAGCGCUCGCCAAGAUGCAAUUUCUUGCGCCGGGGAAAAUUGGCACUGAAAACAUCCUUUCCAACAUCAUGAAUAACCUCGAAAGAUUUCCCCACAUCGACCGGGCUAUGGACGAAGCCUCCGAGAAUUUCGAAGAAGCAGACUUUAUCUCUGGGAUUGAUGACGCUAUUCAGCGUAUUCUCCAGUCUGACGCCUUGGAGGAUCCAAGGGAUGAGUCGGAGGAUGAGAACUCUUCAUUUUCGGGGUCAAUUAUUGAUACGGAUGCGUUGAACGUACAAAUUUCUCAAGGUGGCGGGGGCGCGCAGGCUGAGAUGGUACCCUCUGAAGCAGGACAUGCUUCAGAGCAAGUGACCUGUGCAGAAAAUAGGUUCGCCUCAACGGCAGAACAACGACCUGGCUCAGGUGAAAUCCAGCUGGACAAACAUAAUGAAGAGCUGGCUAUAAGAGUGGCUGCGAUGACCUGCCCUUGA